AUGCUACUUCUUGGGCUGGUUUUGCUCCUGCCGAGCACAGUUUUAGCAGAUCUUCCUCGAUUAUCUACUUCUAAGAGUCUCAGUCAUGGAAUCAAGCCAGAUGAUAUAGCUAACUUUGCCAAAGUAAGGGAUAUAGAUGAACGUGCUCAUUCCCCGAAAGUCCUAUAGUGCGAUCCUGCUGGUGCAGAUCAGAAAGCAGCCCUACUGCAACACAAUAUGGUAAGGAAUGAUACUGUCAAGAAAGGCUUGGAUACCGAUAAACUUGGAGAUUUACCAGGAUCAAAAAGCUUGUUCCACUUUAAUUACGAUUGCAAUCUUGAAGCUCUUGCAACCGCACUCAUAAAAUCAGAUUGCACUCGUUCAUCGUUUGACUACAAAGCUUUAGGAAAGGGCAGUAACUUCUACUCAGGUCGCAGUGGCUCGGAUUUCGGUGCCGCAGUUAGUUAUGAAUUCGCUGUGGAUGAAUGGGCUGGUAACCCUGCUGCUCCU